GUAUUUGCUCGAAGCACAUCCGCAACUUUGUCUCGGAUCCUCCUUUCCAGCAAACAUGGCAAGAAUCUCCCUCGCAUUCGGACUGCUGCUCGUGGUGGCACUGGCGGCGACAGCAGAGGCCGGCCCUUUCCCCGCAGGGCCUUCCCACGGGUCUAAGGACUGUCCGCAAAUCUGCACGUUUGAGUACAACCCUGUCUGUGGGAGUGACGGCCGGAGGUAUUCCAACCCUUGUCAGCUGGAGGUGGCCAAGUGCUCCAACCCCAGACUCACAGAGACGCCAUGGAUGGUCUAUACGUCGAACGUUAAACUUGUAGUAGUCCUCGACGUGACCUGUGAACUUCGUGACCUGUACGGAAGACUUUGGGAUAUUAGCAUUAUCUGUGUCUUUUCAGGAGCUAUGUUGAGGGCAUGUAAGCGGAAAUACGAGACUGGUCAGGUCGAAGAGUUGGCCGACAUAAAAGAGAAAUUUGAGGAUGUGGCAAAUGAAGUGGCUAUCCGCAGGAGAGAGAGAUUCUGUAAUGGAAUCUGGACAGCUUUUUUAUCACCGACAGUAGAAGAGGUCAUUGUAGAUAUCCUUGGAUAUAAAUCCAAGCCUGUUCCAUACGCACUUGUCUCCAGGUAUUUGCUCGAAGCACAUCCGCAACUUUGUCUCGGAUCCUCCUUUCCAGCAAACAUGGCAAGAAUCUCCCUCGCAUUCGGACUGCUGCUCGUGGUGGCACUGGCGGCGACAGCAGAGGCCGGCCCUUUCCCCGCAGGGCCUUCCCACGGGUCUAAGGACUGUCCGCAAAUCUGCACGUUUGAGUACAACCCUGUCUGUGGGAGUGACGGCCGGAGGUAUUCCAACCCUUGUCAGCUGGAGGUGGCCAAGUGCUCCAACCCCGGACUCAGAGAGACGCCAUCCAACCUUGAGGACCUCUGCACUAUUUGGAGAUUAGCGGUAUAUUUACUCGCAGGAAAAUCCAGGGAAGCAGAUUGUGAUCAGCAACAAUCCAAACCUGUUCCAUGCGCACUUGUCUCCAGGUAUUUGCUCGAAGCACAUCCGCACCUUCGUCUCGGAUCCUCCUUUCCAGCAAACAUGGCAAGAAUCUCCCUCGCAUUCGGACUGCUGCUCGUGGUGGCACUGGCGAGCACAGCAGAGGCCGGCCCUUUCCCCGCAGAGCCUUCCCACGGGGCUAAGGACUGUCCGCAAAUUUGCACAGCUGAGUACAACCCCGUCUGUGGGACUGACGGCCAGAUCUAUUCCAACCCUUGUCAGCUGGAGGUGGCCAAAUGCUCCAACCCCGGACUCAGAGAGACGCCAUACGAGUGUCAAAGUACAACCGCCUGUUGGGAGUUGCAGAGAGGCCAACAGUUCAAUGACAACUCGAACCGAACGUUCGAGUUGUCAUUGAACUUUUGGCCUAUACAUCGAACAUUAAACACUGAAGACUUUGGGAUGUUAGCAUUAUCUGUGUAUUUUCAGGAGCUAUGGCCCAUUUUACAGAAAUCCAAGCCUGUUCCAUACGCACGUAUCUCCAGGUAUUUGCUCGAAGCACAUCCGAACCUUCGUUUUGAAUCCUCUUUUCCAACAAACAUGGCAAGAAUCUCCCUCGUAUUCGGACUGCUGCUCGUGGUGGCACUGGCGAGCACAGCAGAGGCCGGCCCUUUCCCCACAGAGCCUUCCUACGGGGCUAAGGACUGUCCGCAAAUCUGCACAGCUGAAUACAACCCCGUCUGUGGGACUGACGGCCAGACCUAUUCCAACCCUUGCCAGCUGGAGGUAGCCAAGUGCUCCAACCCCGGACUUAGAGAGACGCCAUGUUAAACGUAACGAGUAUGGAUCAAACUGACUCCCAUUUAACUGUCGGCGUUUUCUCUCUCUCUUUUCUUUCUCUUUCUCUCCAAUUCCUCCCCCCUCCCCAAGAUUCUCCCCCUCCCACACAUACCCUAACUC